AUGUUUACUAUACGAAAURCUUUUGUGUUUUUUCCUUUACUAACUGGGUUGGCGAUAGCGGCGAAUUCGCAACAGUUGCAAGAAUUAGCCACCACCCAAGGACUCGUAUGCUCGGAGCGAUGUAAUUUGGCUUUUCGAUGUGAUCCUUACUAUAGCAGCCCGCCGGUGUGGACAAUAAUAGACAGCGUUUGCAAACUUUUCAAGACAGAUUGUCUAUUUGCCAGCACAAAUUGCCACCGACAGAAUAGCUGCUUACCAAAAUUGACAACAACUUCACAACAAAUCUGUCAGACRAAGUGCAUGGAUGCGUGUGAGCAAGCGCCUAUAAAACCGGUGUGUGGUGUUUUUCCCUAUGUGACGGUACAUGGGGAUCGAAACGACGGUAUGAUCACCUUCAAAAAUCAGUGCGAAUUGGACAAAUGGUCAUGCUGGAAUUCGAAAGCAUACAUCUCAGUAAGCAWAGGUACCUGCUUUUGAAAAACCAAUAUUUGGUUGUGGAAUGGUUAUAUAGAUGUAUU